UAUCGCAGCCUCGUCCGCUCUCUCUAGCCUCCAUCCAGCAGCAGCCUGAAUUUGCCCAUUGCAGCCUUUCAUUCCUUUCUUGCCUCGGCAGCCUUACAUUCUUUCGAGUCUGGUCACUCAUUGUUCGAUUCUACUACAGUCUUUACAUCUUACUAUCCCACUAACGCGUAUUCUUUAACCGUUUCAAUCACCAAAAAAUCAACCACCACCAAAAUGAAGGCCGCCGUCAUCGUCGCUUCCCUCAUCACUCUCGCCCUUGGUGCUCCAUCCACCCACCCCCACCUCAAGCGCCAGAACAACCUUCAAACCUUCACCGGCGCCCUCGGAGGCAUCGAAGCCACUCCCAUCGUCGACUCCGGCAAUCCCGACCGCCCGUUCCAAGUCAAGGGUGACACCUUUGUGAACAUCGGCGCGGCGCUGCAGCGUAGCUGUGACCAGCAGUUCAAUGCUUGCGCGAACUCUGCCAACGGCGGUAAUGCGCAGUUGAGCGUUUCGGCGUGCUCGCAGCAGAAGGAUCAGUGCGAUGCCGCCGGCCAGGGCGCUUCCAACCAGGCUACCAGCAAUGCGAACGCCAAUACGGGCGCGACUGCAACUGCGAAUGCCGGUGCUACCGCUUCUGCCGCCAGUGGCGUGAGCUGCACAAAGAAGAGGAGGUCCCUGAAGGCCCGCAAGCCCGCUGUCCGGAAGAACAAGAACUAGGCGACUAC